AUGGCUUCCCCCAACCCCUCGCGCGACGCUCGUCCAGCGAUCCCCAAGCUUGAGCCUCGUAGGCGUCGACCGGCUCCUGCAAAUCAAACUCCCGUUCCCCAGACGCCCGCCUUACCAUCCCCCCCCGACACGUCAAGUUGGACCUUCCAAGUUCCAACACGACGAAUCCUUUCCCCUAAUGACCACAAGCUAUUCCUCUCGUCACCCACAUACAUAUUGAUACAGGCUUGGAUCUUCGGUCUGUCCGAGGCCGUCGUCGACACGCCAUGUUCCGCCGUCAACGACGACGACCUGAGCACUUUGGUCAAAGCCAUCCUGAAGAUUCUGGACGGAGCCGAAGAGCUGGUGAAAAAAUGCCCCCCGGAUGAUCAAGGCGGCUCACGGUUCGGGAAUAAAGCCUUUUGCCGCUUCCUAGAUUUGCUAAGGGAGAACUCGCCAGGUUGGCACAGGAGCCUGGGGUUGGACAACGAGGCCGCCAUUUCCGAGGCGGCGGCGUACCUGGAUCAGUCGUUCGGGAACCGAUCCCGGAUUGAUUACGGCUCUGGGCAUGAACUCAACUUUCUAAUGUGGCUACUCUGCUUGUAUCAGCUCGGUCUUGUGCGGUCGACCGAUUUCAAGCCCAUUGUCCUCCGGGUAUUCAAUCGCUAUCUGAAUUUGAUGCGCACCAUUCAGAUGGCCUACUACUUGGAACCUGCGGGCUCUCACGGCGUUUGGGGGCUGGACGACUAUCAAUUCCUCCCAUUUCUCUUCGGCGCCGCCCAGCUUCUCCACCACCCAUACAUCACUCCACGUUCGAUCCACCAAGACCUCACCAUCGAGGAGUUUGGUCGCGACUACCUGUAUCUCGGUCAGAUCAACUUUGUAAACAGCACCAAGACUGUCAAGGGGUUGCGGUGGCAUAGUCCCAUGCUUGAUGAUAUAUCAUCGGCGAAAUCGUGGACCAAGAUUGACGGAGGCAUGCGGAGGAUGUUUGUCGCCGAGGUGCUGGGCAAACUUCCCGUCAUGCAGCACUUCAUAUUUGGCUCUCUCGUCCCCGCUGCCGACGGGAUGAGCGAAGACGAUGCAUCAGCGGAGGAUGAAGAGACGGAAGAUGGCACGAAAGCCUCGGGAGACCAUUCUGGCCAUUCACAUGACCCAGUUGGUUGGGGGGACUGUUGUGGCAUCAAGGUGCCCAGUAGCAUUGCAGCGGCUCAGGAGUUGAAGAAAGGGGGCAAAGGGGAUGCUCUUCGCCGGAUUCCAUUCGACUAA